AUGGAGUUCCAAGAAACGGGUGUAUCGCUGAGAUCGAGCUUGACGUUUGGAGAGACGCUGUGUGCGGUGUUCAUUCCGCUCGUAGGAAUUGUUGAAGCUUUGAUUUUUAGCUUAACUGGUUGCUUCAGUUUCCGUUCUCCGGCGAAGACGAAACCCUCUCCUGCUCCCUUCCACGACAUUCUCGCUCUCGCCAAGGACUCUCCCUUUACUGUUAAUGAAAUUGAGGCGGUGCACGAGUUGUUCAAGAAGUUGAGUAACUUAAUCAUUGAAGAUGGUCUCAUACACAAGGAAGAACUCACUUUGGCACUGUUGAAGACCUCAACUGGGAACAAUCUUUUCCUUGACAGGUUGUUUGAUAUUUUCGAUGAAAAAAGAAAUGGUGUUAUUGAAUUUGAGGAGUUUGUGCAUGCUCUCGGUAUCUUCCAUCCUUGUACUCCUCUGGAAAAGAAAAUUGACUUUGCUUUUAGAAUGUAUGACUUGAGACAGACUGGAUAUAUUGAGCGAGAAGAAGUUAGGCAAAUGGUUGUUGCCAUUUUGUCAGAAUGUGGUAUGGAUCUGGAAGAUGAAAUCCUUGAUACCAUUGUUGAUAAGACAUUUCAAGAUGCUGAUGCUGACAAAGAUGAUAAAAUAAGCAAAGAAGAAUGGAAGGCAGUUGUCAUUCGACACCCAACACUCUUGACGCACAUGACUCUCCCUCAUCUGCGCGACAUCACCACACUGUUUACCAGUUUUAUUUUCAACACCGAAGUUGAUGAUUCUUACUGGCAGCAUAUUAAUGGCGAUCAUAAACAUUGA